GUUCCGCAUUUUAAUUUUCCUCAAGACGCCUCCAAUGGCAGAUCGUGCGGCGAAACGCUUACGGCGCAUCAGCUCCGAUUCCGACGACUAUAAUGAUGGAGCGGACGUCAAAGACAUCAGCUAUCAGAGCAGGUAUGUGGCUGACACGAGACCCUUCACAUUGGUCGCCAAGUACGACCCGUUGUACAAGCGGUUGCAAGCUUUCGCCAACAACCGCGCUGCAAUCGACACCCGCACCCCCUUCACGUCACCCCUCCCCUACAACCUGUGCCACACGGUCGCAAUCCUCCCGCCUUUUCUCGACUCGAGAUUACUACAUCCGUGCCUUCUGAAAUAAACCGCUCGCCUCCAUACAAACCAUACCGCUACCAUGCCUCGACUGCGUUCGCGCGCCAAUCUAACAGCUCGCAGUGCUGUCCCGACAGCUACCACGACUCGCCCGAGGCGGGGAACUGCGACCCAGCCUCCGCCAGCAGCCGUUAUAGAACGUUCCUUCGCCGAAUAAACUGAGAAAGGCAACGGGUGGCGC